UGUUGAGGGCUUCGAGGAGCCGGAAAUCCGGAAAUGUUCACAAGUUUUUCUUCAUUGGCCGCAGAGGAGGAGGAUCAUUAGUGGAGCAGAGAGGAAAAAAGCCCCACAACCUUCAUAUCGCGGCGAAAGCAACCAAACUUUGCCUUGUUUUCUUUGGAAGCGACAGGAAAACAGCAAAACCCCCCUCAGCUUCAGCCGAAAACAAGUCCAGAUGUUUCAUGUCUGAGGGUCUCUGUCAUACACACCAGACCACUGGGAGCUGCUCAUAUUUUGCGUCCUCUUUAAUGCAUGUUUAUCAUUUACAGCAUGUUUACCUUGGAAUAAUGAACGCGGAUUCGUCCCUCCUGAAGACUCCUGUGAGGCAGAAGUGAACUGCUGUGGCUGUGGAGAAUGGAGCUGAAGUGUUCAGUUGGAGAUUUGCUCUUCUUGAGUUUUCUCUGGAAUGUUUUGUGUGUUCAGACUCAUCUGGACGCGAAUUUCCCGCGCGGCGAUGACACCGUAAUCAACCUUCUGGAGGCUCUGAACAUCACUCGCUCUCCUCAUGGCGUGUCUAAAGUCAAAGGAUCUGACCCAGAGACUCCAGCCUGGCGUUUACGCUCGUCCACACAUCUCAUAUUACCUCAGGACUUAUCUAAAAACCUGUUUAGCACUUCACAGGGCGUCCUGGGUUUGCAUCUGCUGGGCCGACAGACCAAAAACUCGGAGAUCACCCUUAUUUCAGUUUCCAAUCAGCAGCAAGAAAGACGCCCCCUGCUGGAGCUCAUCUCUAAUACGCAGUCAGACUGGCUGCAGAUGCGGUUCAGGUCAGGAGACGGUCUGCAGACGGAGGUAUUGAAGCUGCCCGGAGGGAGUCCGUUUACUGGUGGAGGAUGGGUGCGGAUGGCCCUCAGUGUAGAGCCCAGGCAGAUGCUGCUGUUCGUGGACUGCCAAGAGGCUGUGGUGCUCAAGCUGAAAGGGGGAGGACGGAUACUGAGUCUGGAUUUUACACAUGAUGUGCAGGUCACGUUCUCCAGGGCUGCAGGAAAUACAACCAGCAAGUUUAGCGGUUCUUGGCAGAUUGCUGAGCUCUCCACAAGGACAUAUGAGAGACGUCCGUGGUUCUGUGACAACAUUACAGAUUCUCUUCCGGACACUAUCCAUCCGACCCUUUCCACUGUACCCGCAGUCCCUGACCUCUCUAUGAUGCGUGACGAGGCGGGUCGUGGAGAUGGAGUGUUGAGCACAACAGGCCCCAGUGAGUCUGAUGUGCGGUUUGGAGAUCUGGAGAGAAACCUGCAUGGCAUCAUGACCAUGCUGGAGAUGCUGAAGAGACAGAACACAGAGCUGCAGGCGAGGGUUGAGUUUUUGGAGACGUGUGAGUGUAUUAAGCGUAAGUGUGUUUGGGAAGGCCGUCAGGUGGACGAAGGCUCUCAUUGGUCUCCUGACAUUCGCACCGUCUGUUCCUGCUCCAGUGGAAGAGUUCAGUGUAACCGCUCAAGUGAGUGCAGCUUUCAGAGCAGAAUCUACAGCGAUGGAGAAGUUUUCAGCCCAGACGAAUGCAGCCGCUGUAAAUGUGAGUAUGGAAGAGUGGAAUGUGAUGUGAACCCGUGUCCAUCGCAGACCUGUGAGGAACCGUCUGUUCAGAGACCGUGCUGUUCUGUCUGCCAAACCAGUCUCAGAUGUGAACAUGAAGGUCAGGUCUAUGAGAACGGUCAUGAGUUUGUGUCGAGAUCAAACCCUUGCCUCAGUUGCAUCUGCUCUAACAGUCGGGUGUCUUGUAACACCAUUCAGUGUCCGUCAACCCCGUGUCCAAACCCCUACAGGAGACCCGGAGAGUGCUGUCCUACAUGCUCAGCAUGUGAUGUGGACGGUCGGCCGUACAAUGGCUCUUUCAGCACCGUUGAUGGCUGCCAGACCUGUACCUGUCAGGGUGGAAAUCAGGAAUGUGUGGACGUGCAGCGAUGUCCACAGACCUGUCAGGAUGGGGUGAAGCCACCAUUUGGCUCCUGCUGCAGAGAUUGUUCCCGCUGUUAUUUUGAUGGCCAAAUUGUCUUAGACGGCGUCUCUUUUCAAGACUCAAGCGACCCCUGCAAACACUGUGUGUGCAGUGCUGGGAAUAUAGUGUGUAACCCUGAGUUGUGUCCUGAACUUCCCUGUACUCUGCUGGAGACUGUAGGAGGACAGUGCUGUCCCCGGUGUCGAAGUUGUGUUCAGGAAAAUGUGUGGCAUCUGCAUGGCUCUCAGUGGAGGCAUCCAAGCGACCACUGCUCAACCUGUACCUGCACAGAAGGUAAAAUCCAGUGUGAACAUGAACGCUGUAAUGUCCCAUGUAGAAACCCUGCUUCUCCACCUCCGGGAUCCUGCUGUCCUGUUUGUGAAGGAUGUAAUCUCAAUGGAUUAGAUGUCCCAAAUGGGAUGCCUCUGCCAUCUGGACCAGUGUGUGAGGGCUCCUGUAGAUGUGAGAAUGGUAAUGUUAUCUGUGAUCGAUUGCCCUGCCCGCCGACUCCCUGUUAUAAUCCAGUCACGCCACCAGGAGAAUGUUGUCCACGAUGUACGGAAUGUGUUUAUGAGGGUGAAGUCUACGAGGAUGGUCAAACCUUCAUAUCCAGACAGGAUCCAUGCUUGAGGUGUCAAUGCUUGGGUGGACAAGUGUCAUGUGAUCCCCCAGGAUCCUCAUGUCCGCCUCCGACUUGCACUCAUCCAACAAAACCACCAACUCAGUGCUGCGCGACUUGUAACACAUGUGAGUAUGAAGGAAGGAUUUAUGGAGAUGGAGAAGAGUUCAGGCCUCCUGGUGGUGGUCCGUGUGUCCUGUGUACAUGCAAGGGGGGGAAUGUAAGGUGUCACCAGGAAAGAUGCCCACCUACUAAUUGUCCAGUUCCUACUCCUGCGCCUCCUAACCAAUGCUGCCCAGCGUGCAGAGGUUGUGUGUGGAAUAACAAUCAGUAUGAGGAAGGAUCCACAUGGGCUGACGGUGAACAGAUGUGUUCUUGUGUGGCAGGACAGGUGACGUGCCGUCUGAACUGUCCGACUCCUGAGUCCUGUCUGGAGCCCAUAGUGACAGGUGGUGACUGUGGCCAGUGCCAAUACGGAGAGUAUGUGUAUGAAAACGGCCAAUCAUUCCAGGACCCGCAGGAUCCCUGUGUGACGUGCACCUGUCAGGACGGUCAGACAAGGUGUGUUCUCCCAGCAUGUCCUGCAGUGACGUGUGUUAAUCCAUACACUUCUCCUGGAGAGUGUUGUCCUCGCUGUCCUCCAGUUCAGGACUGUGAGUAUGAUAACCGCAUCAUUACUAAUGGAGACACGUUCCCAAAUCCUGGCAAUCAGUGUUUGGAUUGUGUUUGCACUGAUGGACACGUGGAUUGUGGGAAUCAUGAGUGUCCGAAGCCAAACUGCAACUAUCCCAGACCCGGGACCUGCUGCCAGAACAACUGCAACGGAUGUAAUUAUGCAGGCAAUGAGUAUCCAAAUGGAAUGGAGUUUCCCCAUCCAGUAGACAAUUGCAGGAUGUGUCGUUGCACUAAUGGAAAUGUCCAGUGUCUGAUGAAGAGAUGUCCAGCAGUUCAUUGUGAUAAUUCAUUCGUUCAGGCAGGAGAGUGUUGUCGGCAGUGUCCAGCGCCCCCCGCUGACUGCAUUGUUGAAGAACAGUCAUACAGACACAUGCAGCGCUUCAGUCAUCCCACUGACAGCUGUCAAUCAUGCACUUGCACCAAUGGCACGCCGAGCUGCCGACGCAGGCCCUGCCCCUCUGCCACCUGCUCCCACCCUAUAAUCCAAGAGUGCUGUCGAACAUGUGACGGCUGUCUGUAUCAUGGAAGGGAACAUGCCAAUGGUGCUACAUUCGCAGACCCAUCAGACUCAUGUAGGACGUGUGUUUGUCGUGAUGGGACAGUCACAUGUCACAGUAAUCAGUGUCAGCGCAUCGCCUGUCCUUUCCCGGUGCAGGACCAGUGCUGUCCACACUGUAAUGGUUGCAUGUAUGCUGGUGUGGAGUAUCUGAAUGGUCAGGAGUUCGCCGACCCCUCUGAUCACUGCGCUCAUUGCAUAUGUUCCAAUGGUCAUGUGACCUGCAAUACGAAGCCGUGUCACAACCCCGGAUGUACUUACCCCACUACUCGCCCGGACCAGUGCUGUCCUGUGUGUGACGGCUGUCAGUUUGAGGGAAGAGUUUAUGUUGAUGGUGAGUUAUUUCCAUCAUCUACAACAUCAUGUGAGGAGUGCAGAUGCUCUAGAGGUGAGGUCGAGUGUUCUCCUAAAAGUUGUCCCAUCGUCUCCUGUCCUCAUCCUGAGCGCGACCCCUGCUUAUGUCCUGUGUGUGAAGGCUGUCAGUUCAACGGUCGGGACUGUGGAAAUGGAGAGAGAUUUCCUGACCCCAGUGACCCCUGCAGGAGCUGUGCUUGCCUGGAUGGAAGUGUGUCCUGUUCCCCAGUGUCGUGUCCAGAAGUAUUCUGCAAGCGCCCCGUUCGUCCUCCAGGCGAGUGCUGUCCAGUGUGCAGUGGGACGUGUGAGCAUCUGGGGCAGGUGUAUGAGGACGCAUCCACCUUCAUCCCAGCUGACGAUCGCUGCUCCACCUGCACAUGCCUGAGUGGAGUGGUGUUGUGUGAGAAGAAGAUGUGCUCUAAGAAGUGCACUCAUCCAGUGCGCACUAGACUCUGCUGUCCUGUGUGUGACGCCUGUCUGUAUGAAGACAAGAAGUACAGAAACACAGAGUCCUUCAUUGACCCGUGGGACCCAUGCAGGACCUGUGUGUGUCGUGAUGGCUCUGUUUCCUGCUCCGCCAUCACCUGUCCUGCGGUCUCCUGCCAGAACCCCAUCACUCCAGCGGGAAAGUGCUGUCCGGAGUGCAGAGUGUGUGUUCAGUACGAUCAGCAGUAUGUGGAUGGAGAGAGUCUGACUCUACCUGCUGACCCCUGCUUGAAGUGCACCUGUGUGGCUGGUGAGGUGAAGUGUGUGUCUCCUCGUUGUAAGACACUGUCCUGUGUGCAUCAGCUUACUGAUCCCGGCUCCUGCUGUCCCCGAUGCAGAGGCUGUAUUUAUGAUGGUGUGGAGCGUCAGGAAGGCAGUACCUGGUUUGCGUCCGCUGGUCUCUGCAUGUCCUGCAUGUGUGUGGACGGAGUGACCACCUGUUCAGAGGUGCACUGUCUGUCCACCUGCAUCAACCAGAUCACUGUACCCGGAGAGUGCUGUCCAGUGUGCGCAGACUGUGUGUUUGAAGGCAGAGUUUAUGGCCCUGGAGAGAGUUUCCAGCCAUCUGAAGAUCCCUGUCAGAUCUGCACCUGUGAGGUGAUGCCGGAUGGAGAGCAGCACUUGCGCUGUUACAGAAAGCAGUGUCCGAGUUUGGUGGACUGUCCUAAACACAACAUCCUGCACAGCAGCUCUGAUUCCUGCUGUCCUGUCUGCACACAGCCCCUCAGUAACUGCACAGCGACUCUGAUUGGUAAUGAAGUGUUGGCCACUGACGACCCGUGUUUUACCUGCCAGUGCAAGGAUUUGACAUGGACGUGUGUUCACCGUGGUUGUCCUCCUCUGAGCUGCUCUCCAUCUGACCAGCACACUCCUCCUGACUCCUGCUGCCCCAUCUGUGAUGUGUGUGUAUUAGAGGGCAGCAACACCCGUGUGCCAGAUGGCCAUAGAUGGACAGACAAGGAGAAUGAGUGCACAACCUGCAUCUGUAAUAAAGGGCACAUUGAGUGUGACCUGCAGGAGUGUGCUCCGCUCCAGUGUCCGGAUGGAUCCGUUAAAGUCAAGAACCCGGGGAAGUGCUGUCAAGAGUGCACAGAGGUGGUAGAUGUGGUGUACAUAUACCCUAGUGCAGAGUGUGUGUACGAGGGACAGAUAUAUAGAGACAGUGACCAAUGGGAAGUGGACGAGUGUACGACCUGCACCUGUGUGAAUGGAGAUGUGCACUGCCAAACCCAGAGAUGCCCAACGCUCACAUGUGCCUCGGAUGAAACGCCAGCUCUGGUUCCUGGGAUGUGUUGUCCUCACUGUAUUCCUCACCCUGCCACCUGCGUUGUCUUUGGAGAUCCUCACUACCGAACAUUUGACGGAAAGAUGGUGCAUUUCCAGGGCACCUGCACAUACGUUCUGGCUCAGGACUGUGAGGGCGGAGACUUCAGUGUCCAUGUGUCCAAUGAGGACCGGGGACGUAAAGGAGUGUCUUGGACUAAAGAGGUGACCGUGUUUAUUGGAGAUGUUGUGAUACAGCUUUAUCAGGACUGGAUUGUCAAGGUUGAUUAUGAGCCAGUCUCCCUGCCGUAUCUUAAAGAGCCUUAUAUUUAUCUAGAGCGCAAGACCAACACCAUCCUCCUGAACACCAAUGUUGGGCUAAAGGUGUUGUGGAAUGGUCGUUCUCAUCUGGAAGUCAGUGUUCCCGGCACCUACAAGAACCACAUGUGCGGGUUAUGUGGCAACUUCAACAAUUACCCUCAGGAUGAUAUGAAACUGCGCAAUGGACAAAUUGCCACCUCUGAAGCAGCAUUUGGAAACAGCUGGAAGGUGGGCAAUGGAAAUUCCAGUGUUCAGUGUCCUGACGUGAGGAACAUUAACCCGUGUAAGGAGGCCGGAUACUCUGCUCGUAAGACAGCAAACUCUCGCUGCGCAGUGCUGAAGUCUCCUGUGUUUGAGCGCUGUCAUAAACUGGUUCUGCCCGAGAUGUUCUUCGCCUCAUGUGUGUAUGAUCUGUGUGCCUGCGGGUCCAAUAUGGACGAUUGUUUGUGUGACGUGUUGGAGGUUUACGCGUCUGAAUGUCGUGAAGCUGGGAUUAUCGUGCAGUGGAGGACGCCGACGCUCUGUGCUGUGGGUUGCCCACUGGAUCGUGGUUAUGUGUUUGACGAAUGCGGCCCACCAUGUCCCAAGACAUGUUUUAAUAAAGACGUGCCGCUCGGUGUCAUCGAGGCUCAUUGUUUUAAACCCUGCGUCCCAGGAUGUCAGUGUCCCGCUGGACUGGUGGAGCACAACGCCCACUGCAUCGCCCCUGAAAAAUGCCCCAAAAUUAUCCACGACAAUCUCUGAACAUCCUGUGGAGUCAACUCUGUUUGUCUGCAGUGUCUAAAUCUGAUUCAGUCUUGCUUUUAAUGAAUUAAUCCUGACAUACUACGAUUCAAAAACCAGCGCUUAAAGACAGCCUGACAUCACAAAUUGGCAACCCAGGCUUAUUGUAAAUAUGUACCCCCGUAUACAAUUCUGGAGAGCACAAAUUAUGUAGCCAGAGCUAUGUCUGGCUUCAUUAGUUCCUUUUAGAGCUUACCAGGUGACCGUUUACCUCAGUGUAGAGGGCUUUUACACUGUUACCAGUUUGCCGAGUGGCAUUACAGUUGACACGCAGAGAGGAGUUGACCGCGACAACGGGGUUGGAGUACACUGAAGAGCAGUUCCAGAAAGCAAGUAAGACAAAAACAGAGGCAAAAAAUAAAAUAAAUAAGUAAAUAACAGUGGGAGAACGUGGU